AUGGCUACGCCAGCAUUCGGCGCCCAAGCCUCCACCGUUGCAGAACCCAACAAUGCCGCUCUAUACGAUGCUCGAAGACGGCAGCAAGUCACUGGCUCUCAGAUCCUCGACAAUAUUGUCUCCUUCUCAAAUUUCGAUCGCGAUGAGGUGGACAGGUUGCGAAAACGGUUCAUGAAGCUGGAUAAGGACAAUAGCGGCACUAUUGAACGCGAAGAGUUCCUUUCUCUACCUCAAGUGUCCUCGAACCCUUUAGCGACAAGAAUGAUAGCCAUCUUCGACGAAGAUGGAGGCGGCGACGUCGACUUCCAAGAAUUCGUGCUUGGCCUUUCUGCCUUCUCCUCCAAGGGCAACAAAGAAGAAAAGCUGAAGUUUGCCUUCAAGGUCUACGACAUUGACCGGGACGGAUACAUCUCCAAUGGAGAGUUGUUCAUUGUGCUCAAGAUGAUGGUUGGCUCGAACCUGAAGGAUCAACAACUGCAGCAGAUUGUGGACAAGACAAUCAUGGAGGCGGAUAAAGAUGGUGACGGCAAGAUCAGCUUUUCCGAGUUCACACAAAUGGUUGAGAGCACGGAUGUCAGUAUGAGCAUGACGCUGGAUCAAUUCUGA